GCCCUGCUGCGCCUGGGCGAGGAGCGCCCCCCGGCGGCCGCCAUGAACCUGCUGCAGCGCAAGGGCCGCCCCGAGUGGCGCCCCCGCGAGGAGGAGCCGCGCAAGGGGGUCCCCAAGGCACGGGAAGGGGGGUCCCUCCGGCGCCCGCUGCGUGUGGGGUUCCUGACCCUGCCGGCGCCACAGGAACGUGGUCCCCGGCCCUGUGCCCCCGGCAUGGCCCCCCGCUCCCUGUCCUGCCACGCCGUGGGGCUCCCUGACUCAGGGGUGCCACUGCGCCCCCCCGGACCCCGCACUGGACCCCCGGAGGGCCGGGGUCUCGAGGCACCGCCCGCCAAGAGAGGCGGCACACCCCGGGGGGGCUGCGUGCGGCAGACGCCCCCCCUGAAGCCCUCGCGCAGCCCCCAGACCCGGCUGUCGGCCGGAGCCCCCCCGCCCGCCCUGGCGGAGCAGGGGGAGGCAGAGGAGCCCGUGUACAUCGAGAUGGUGGGGGACGCCCGGGGCAUCCCGGGGGGGGAUCCCCGGCGGGGCGGGCCGGGGGGAGCGCCCCCCCCGCCUGCCGAGGAGCCCGAGGCCAUUUACGAGGAGAUGAGCUGCCCCCUGCCCGCGGGGGAGGGGCCGGGACACGCCCCUUUCCCGGGACACACCCCCUACUACGGACACGCCCCACACACCGCCCACGCCCCUUUCGGUGGCCCCGCGCUGCACUCUGGUCACGCCCCCUACACCGGUCACGCCCCGUUCUCUGGCCACGCCCCUCACGUCGGCCGCGCCCCCUUCAUCGGCCACGCCCCGUUCUCCGGCCCCGCCCCCAUACCGCCGCCCUUCCCCAACCUGCUGCCGCCCCGCCCACCCCCGCUGGCCCCGCCCCCCGAGGGCGCCUCGCGGCUGCCCCUUCCCUCGCGCCGCGAGGGGCCGCCCCCCGCCCGCGCGCGGAGCCACUCCACGCCCCUCCCCCCACACCACGCCCCGGGUGGGGCCGCGCGCGACCGCGGGGGGACGGCGCUCGGACCGCUGCCCCUCCCACCCUCCGCCGAAGCUCCGCCCCCCGGGAAGCGCCCGCCCGCCUACGAGAGCCUGCGUGGGGGCGUGGCGCCGGGAGGUCUCGCCCACGCCCGCGAGGAGGACCCGCCCCUUCGCCGGGGGGGUGGAGCCUCCGCCCGCCGCGGAAAGGAGCCCGAGAAGGCGCCGGAGCCCCCCCGGGAGGAGCGGGGGGGGCCGGGGGCUGUUCCCCCUCCCUCGGGGAUCCCCGUCCGGGCCGAGGGUCCCCGGGGGCGGCCGGGACCCCCCCUGCCCUGCCAGACCUUCCCCGCCUGCGGGAGACCCUCGGAGCUCCCCGGGGGUCCCCGCCUGGGCCGCUCCGCCUCCACCUCGGGGGUGCGCCAGGCCGGGGCCCCCCCGUUUCCCCGCGGCCCCCCCUCAUCGCGGCCCCUCUCCGGAGGGGUCCCCGGGGGGGGCUUCCCCGCCGCCCCCCGGCCGCGGGACGGACAGCUGCAGGAGGUGAUCGACCGAAAACGCUGCGUCUGCACCGAGAUCAAGGCGCGGGGGGCGGGGGGGGGGGGGCUGUGCAAGCAGGACAGCCUGCCCCCCCUGCCCGCCCCCCCCACCUGGAAAGGGGGGGCCGCUCCCGAGGGCCGCCCCCCGCCCCCGCCGCCCCCCGGCACCCCCCCGGCCCGCCGGCCCCACGCCGUGCUCUGGGACACUGCGAUCUGA